AUGACCGGUAGCAAGGUGUCCGAGGCGACUCGAGAGCGGGAGACAUUCAAAUACGACUCGGUCCUUGUCGCUAACUCGGUGCGCAAUGAUGUAACUAACCUCAUUCCUCCCUCUUCAUUGCGGCCAUGCUCGGAUCCUGCCAUGACAGCUUUAGCACAAGUCGCACUUUUGAGGCUUGGUGCCACUCGUGCCAUGAUAUCCUUGUUCGAUUGCCAGAAUCAGCAUGUCAUCGCAGAGGCUACUCCGGCAAUGCCCAUAUCAGCUCACAGCACCCUCCCGGUUUCAGGUCCCGAUAGUCUUUGGCUUUGUGGAACCUCAAUACCUCGUGGUUACGGUGUUUGUGAUGUUGUGUUGGGUCCCUUUGAGCUUGACGACAUAUCACAUUCAGAAUAUCCCAUCAGAUUUGUAAGCGACCUUGCUACAAGUGAAGAGUUCCGACACACAUGGUAUUAUCAAUCACGACCUGAACACCGUUUCUAUGCAGGUGUUCCUAUCACAACACCUCGAGGGAUCAAUAUCGGUGUAUUCUGCAUUUUAGACAACAAACCACGAGAGUCAUUCGAUGAAGCAUCAAUUCAGAUCAUGCGAGACAUCUCAGCAUCCAUCCUGGGCCAGCUGGAACUAACUCGGUCUGGAGACGGGCGGCGGCCUGGGGAGCGUAUGGUACGUGGCCUGGGAAGUUACGUCGAAGGAAAGGCCACCAUGACUGGUUGGCGGUCUAGUUUCACUCACGCGUUUGACACAGAUGCCGGCACAGAAGAAGGGGCACUCAAUCAGACUCAACAAAACUUACAGAAUCGACGUGAGCAUGCUUCAUCUGUUGGAAGCUCAGAACAAAUGGCGACACCAGACACUUUUAUUCUUGAAAGUCCGAUGGAAAAGAGGUCCUCAAGCCCCCCUCGUCCUACAGAAGGGCAACCCCACUCAGACGCUUCGGGAGAGGAAUCGCAGCAGAGCCAGUUAAAACACAUAUUCUCAAAAGCUGCCAACAUCAUCAGAGAGUCGAUAGAGGUCGAAGGGGUUCUGUUUUUGGAUGCAAGUGUAGGUACUUUCGCUGGCAGGGUUCGGUCCGGCUCGGUCCGCCACGAACCCCAGACUCAUGAACGCUCUUCGUCUUCGUCAUCCUCUUCAUCUACAAGUCGAGGUCAUAUUUCUGUCUCAUCACCCAGAGGUUCCGGCGACCCCCAAACAAAGGGAGCCACGUGCCUUAUUCUAGGCUUCUCGACUUCUAUGUCAUCAAGCAUCAAUGGAGAAGUGCCAGCAGGGCGCAGUCAACAAGUCCCCGAACGACAGCUUCAGAGACUACUCCGCAGAUAUCCAAAGGGUAAGAUAUUCAAUUUUGAUAGUCAAGGUGUGAUGGCCUCAAGCGAUCCAACCAGCGAGGAUUCUGUAAUGGCAGCUUUCAAAGAGUACAAAGUUCGAGAUCUGCAAGAAGACCCAACCGGAGAGAACAAAAAGACUCGAAACGUAAGAGAUCCAUUUUCGCGAAGGAAUGAAGGCAAGGCUAUUCGUGAUCUUUUUCCCGGGGCACGAAGCGUCGCCUUUGUACCUCUCUGGGACUCGAACCGUCAGCGAUGGUUUUCAGGGUGCUUUGUUUACACCAAGACACCGACUCGCAUUUUCACAGUUCAAGGGGAGCUGAGCUAUCUCACAGCAUUCAACACGGUCAUCAUGGCUGAUGUUAUCAUGAUGGAGAGCGCGUUUGUAUCGAUCGCCACCACCUCUUUGCUCAGUUCAUUAUCUCACGAGCUUCGUUCCCCACUGCACGGAAUUGUGCUGUGCGCGGAGCUUUUGCGUGAUACUUCGCUGGAUGUUUUCCAAGGAGAUGUCCUACGCUCGCUUGAGGUUUGCGGACGGACUCUAUUGGACACGAUUAAUCACUUGCUCGAUUGGACGAGGAUCAACAACUUUGUCAGGAUGCCUAACGAGCAACCGCUUAGUCUCGGUAUGACUCCAAGGCGUGGAACGCAGUCUAACAAGACGAGUUCACCGACGGAUGGUAUGAUGCGAAUUUCCUCGAAUCUUGACGUUGAUAUGCUGGUGGAAGAAGUUGUGGAAUGUAUCCACGCAGGCCACACCUAUCAGCAACAAUCUGUCUCACUACUGGGUGAUCAUAGCUCCGACGAAGAGCUCCGCGGCGGUCCUUAUGCCCGCCUCGAUGGCAUGGACUUGGUAGAAAGCAGCGAGGCAGAGACCCAAAGGUCCAGCAAUGGAGUCGGCUUCAACAAGGUGCUCGUGAUCUUGGACAUUGAUCCGACUGUAGACUGGGCCUUUCACGUUGAAUCCGGUGCUAUGCGGCGAAUAAUACUUAACCUUUGCGGCAACGCUCUCAAGUACACCGCUCAUGGUUUCGUUAAAGUCAAGGCAUAUCAAGACCCCCCAGGCCAGGGCAGACCGAGAGACAGAGUUGUUCACAUCGAAAUCAUGGAUACGGGGAGUGGCAUCGGAAAAGAUUACCUCAAGCACCGCAUAUUCUCUCCAUUUUCCCAAGAAAACAUCCACUCUUCGGGUGCCGGACUUGGGCUCAGUCUUGUGCGAAAGUUUGUGAGAUCGCUUGGCGGCUCGAUACACGUUCAAAGCAAAGUAGGCUUCGGAACCCGUGUCGCCGUGAAGCUUCCGCUACAAAUUGCUAGCCCUGAAUCUACUGAGACAGCUGCUGAGCGCGAUGAAUUCAAAUCCCAGAUCAUCGAACUGUCCCGCCUACGCGUCUCUAUUAAUGGCUUUUCGUCGCCUCGCGGGGGUCCGGAGAGUCAACAAUGGGGCUUUGGGGAGUUUGACGAGUACAACUUGUUGGAGAAGCUGUGUCAAAACUGGCUGCAGAUGGAUGUUGUUGGGUCCCUAGGAAACGAAAGCUUUUAUCCCGACCUGAUCUUAUGCGACGAGUCUCACCUGGAGCUGAUAGCGAACCAGCCCCGAGGCGAACUUUCGUCCCCAGUAGUCGUGGUGUGUCGAAGCGCCGCAAUUGCUCGCCAGCUCGACCAUUUCCACAGGUCACAUCGCAGGUUAAAUUGGGGGCUAUUCAGUUUCAUAUCUCGCCCUGUAGGACCAAGGAAACUGGCAAAGGCCUUUGUGCUUUGCUUCAGGCGGUGGACUAAGCUGCAAUCAACAGCCGCUGACCGUGCCAGCGUUUCGACAGUACUUGAUGAGCCGCCAACUGUACCGGCAGAACUAGGCUCAUCUGAAGAUGGAGCUGAUAACAAGAACGCUGGGUACUUUGACUUUGCUCCCAAGCUUUCACCGCAGAAGAAACGGGCACGGACGGAUGACGACGAGUCCCAGACCCCGCUACCAUCGACGCCAGCCAUACGACCGGCCCCUGCACAACCAGAACUCCGAUUCCUGCUAGUGGAAGACAACGCCAUUAACAUGAAGAUACUUCAGACGUAUAUGAAAAAGUUGGGCGUAGUGUAUGACUGUGCAUCAAACGGGCAGCAAGCAGUGGAGUCAUACAAAGCCAAGGGGGGGACGUACAAAUGUGUCCUAAUGGACAUUUCGAUGCCAGUAAUGGACGGCUUCGAGGCAACACGACUAAUUCGAUUGUUUGAGAAAGAGGGAAGUCUACCACGCAGGCAGGUAGUGGCCAUCUCUGGUCUCGCCUCGAAGGAUGCGCAGGAGGACGCAUAUGCUAACGGACUGGACUUGUUUCUUGCCAAGCCAGUGCAGUUAAAGGAACUCAGUCAAAUUCUUAAGAGCCGGGAGCUUAUUUGA